CUGCACCGACCAUCAUCAGGCCACAGACAUGAUCAAGGCAACACAGGUAUUGCUGCUUCUGGCUAUGGUAGUCUGCCUGACCACUGCACUACCCGCCCCAGGACAUUACGGUGGGGGUGGCUACGGUGGGGGCGGCUACGGUGGAGGCGGUCAUGGCCACGGACACGCCACAUCGUACCACAACUACAACCUGCACAGCUACCAUCCUGUCAAGGUGCAUGUAGGAGGUCACGGUCAUGACGGUGGUGGUCAUUACUGAUCUUCUCACAUCUUUGACAUCAUACAUCAACCAUCAACAAUCGACCGUUAAUCAUCCUCGACAUCCUUACAGAAAUAUCGGCCUCUGUCUCCUCUUAAUAUAUUACUGUUUUAUUAAAGCUUUUUGUUACAA